CUUACACCACAAUCCCAUUGGAUGAUGUUAUGUACACGUUCGCCUUCAGUUGCCAAGUCGUACCUCGGACUUUAGGAAGCCGGCAAAUAUCAAACACGGCAUUGGUCUAAUUAACGAUAAACAAACAUAUAACUUCCGGCCAACCCGUUAGAGGGGACGCCUCUUUCUGUCUCAGUUCUUAUGGCUUUUCACUUCAGGAUACUUCGUAGAUUCUUCCAACCAGUAUCAGCCAGAGUUCAACCCAAUACCAUUAGAUUCACUCGUAACCUCCCCAAGACCCAAAUGGCUUCUAUUACGACUCCGCCGCCUGGCAAGUUCGAGUGGCUUGUCAUCGUGCCCGAUAAGCCCGGCACCCAGCAAAAGAGGCUCGAAGUGCGCAAUCAGCAUUUUGAAGGCCUCAAGCCCUUUAUUGAGUCUCAGCAGUUCAAGGCCGGAGGCGCUGUCCUAAACGACAAGCCCGAUAGCGAUGACCCCUCCAAGUUUGAUUGGUAUGGUAGCACAGCCGUCAUUGUCGCUGAGUCCAAGGACGAAGUGAAAAAGAUCCUCGAGAACGAUAUAUACACCAAAAGUGGAGUUUGGGACACAGAGAAUGCAUUAAUACUGGCGGCCAAAUAUGCAUUCAGAUUCCCAUAGUUAACUUCAAUGGCACGAUCUUCUGGUGGUGCAAGCUAGGUGUAUCCCGACACGGAUAUCACAUCUAAUGUAUUCAAUUCAUAUCAAUAACUUGAGUGCUCGUGGUUAUCCCAUAGUAAUGCCAAACCACAAUGGUUACAUUACCCCUCCCU